GAGCCACUCCAACAACCUUGUAGGCAGGCACUGCGCACAUCUCUGCCCCACAGCAGCUUCUCAGUACGGGCACCAUCACGUCUCCAUCCGGCAAGGACAGGUCAGGAGGAGAGUACAUCCUGGUGCUCAAACGAUGCUCACAUAGACAACACACUUACAUUUUUGACAUAUUGCACCGUCAUGAUUGGACAGGGACCGGAGCCAGAGGCGUCACUCUCUGGUGUUUUGGAAUUGAUGACACUGAAUCGGUUGACUGAACAGUUGAAACCGGUUUUGAAAAUACUUCCAGAUUAACCCUACCGAUCAAAAGAAGAACUGCGCGGUCGGCAGGAGAGAAAAACUGACACGUGGAUUACUCUUCCUAGGGCAUCAAGAAAACAGACUCCCUCCUCCAGCCACAGUGCUAUGACUUGCCUGCCUCCCUGUCAGUCCAGUCUCACCGGUUAUGGACUACAAACGGAUAGGAUUGCAGACAGUUCAUGAGAAGGUUGGAUGUGUUUUGUAAACGUUUACUUUUGUGAUUUACCGACCGGAAAGAGGUCGAAAAUAAACAGCCGAAGCGGUUGAAAGGAGGCUGCUGUUAACUCGCGUUGAAUGGCAGUUAUUCAAAAAUAUGGCAAGAGCUAUAGUCCAGAUUUGGUCUGUCACAAGGAAAACUAUCCGUCUGACAAGAUCGGAGCUCCUGGAUGUCACAAGAAGUGGCCUGAACACAACACCAACUGGUCAAGGCCAGUGGCGAGGGUAUGGACGAUGGUGCUGCUGCUCGGGACAUGCCUCCUCUACUGCGCCCGUGUGGCGAUGCCCAUCUGUGCCGUCAGCAUGGCGGAGCAGUUCAACUGGAGCAAGAGAGAGUCGGGCAUGGUGCUGGGCAGCUUCUUCUGGGGCUACUGCUUCACCCAAGUGUUCGGAGGCUACGUCAGCGACCGGGUUGGAGGUGAGAAGGUCCUCCUGCUGUCAGCAGCAGCCUGGGGGUCGAUGACAGCCUUCACCCCCAUCCUGGCCCACUUCUGCUCCCAGCCAAUCUUCUCCAUGACACUGGCCCGCUUCCUCAUGGGCUUGUUGCAAGGAGUUCAUUACCCUUCUCUGGCGAGUCUGUGCUCUCAGAAGGUGGUGGAAAGUGAGAGAGGUUUCCUCAUGAGCACCGUGGGUAGUGGCUCUUACCUGGGCACGCUGUUGAUUGGAGGGGCUGGCUCCCUAAUGCUGGACCUGUAUGGCUGGCAGAGUGUUUUCUAUGUGUCUGGUGUGCUCUCAGUCCUGUGGGCCUACUGCAUGUGGAAAUAUCUGCUGAAAGGAGAAGGGCCUAUCAUCACCCUGGAGUCCCUGGGAAGUGGUGGGCCCCAGUCCAAACUGUCUAAAAGACAUUGGUUACGGCUCCUCAAACAACCUGCAGUCUGUGCUGUGAUCGUUACGCACCUUUGCACAGCGAGCACCUUCUUCACUCUUUUGUCAUGGCUGCCAACAUACUUUAAAGAUACGUUUCCCGAUUCCAAGGGUUGGGUGUUUAAUGUCGUUCCUUGGUUGGUGGCCAUACCCUCAUCCAUCUUCAGUGGCUUCCUAUCUGACCACCUCAUCAGUCAAGGCUUCGACACCGCCUCAGUGAGGAAGUUGAUGCAGUUUUUCUCCAUGGGUGUGUCCAGUGUGUUUACCCUUCUUCUGUGUCGCAAAACCACCUUCACCUGGGCUGUAGCAUUUGUGUCUGCCACCAUGGGCCUCACCACCUUCAGUCACAGCGGUGUAUCUGUAAAUGUUCAAGAUCUUGCUCCUUCCUGUGCUGGAGCUUUAUUUGGUGUCAUGAAUACAUGUGGUGCUUUCUUAGGGGUUCUACUGGUGUAUUUCUCGGGGUAUCUCAUCGAGGCCACAGGCUCGUGGACAUCCGUGUUUGCCCUUAUCACCACCGUCAACCUGCUGGGUCUCUGCACCUUCCUGGCCUUCGCUGAGGCCCGCCGGUUCGACAUUGACUGUAGUAAGGUACACCACCACAACAUCCACAUCUAAAUCAUCAGCGAACAGAGGAACUAGCAUGCUAUCCCCCAAGGGAGAUACAACCUUGGGCAGCCAGCAGCUAGGACAUUAUCCGCAUUGGAGAACUAUCCAAUGGACAGCAAGUGGCACACGGACAAAGCCUGCAUAUAUCACCUGGCAGACUUUGAUUGGCUCUGUGUCUGGUUAAGGAAGUACUGCAACAGUUACUGAAAAGCACACAGCAGAACCUGCACAUUGUUUCUGAAAAAUCUGGUAUAAAAAAAAUCUUCUUCCUAGAAAAACACAGCUGGGUCAGAGGAUGCGCCGUCAGUUCAGGGUGGAAUGGCAAAGAAAAAAGUCUACACUACCUCCAGGUCUCAGCUUGUUUAGUGCCUGGCGUUUAAACAGUUGCUGCGCUCGUCAUUUGUUACAGAAUGAGUUGCAUAGAAACGAGUCAACCAGUCAGAAGUCAUUGAAAUGGUUGCUCACAUAUUAUUAUAUGUAAGAAUAAUGGAUGUGGUAGUCUCAGGAGCUCUCUGACAGUUGUGACAGACCAAGGUGGUGUGUUCUUA